GGUCGCGGUAGCCCUGGUGUUUCUGAAGAUACUGUGCGAAUAGAAACAUCGGAAGAGAAUAGAUUCGAACCUCUGGCUGAGAAAGUUCGAACGGCAAUAGAUUCUGCAGAAUCAAUUGCCUUUGCAGAACCUACUAAUUUACAACAACUGCAAGAAGCGAAACGUAUACUGCUGUCACAAGAGCCAACCCUAUCUACUCUCUCUGAUAUCGCGGAGGAAAAAGCGAAAUCAGGAAAUGUUGAUUAUGUCGAUAGCAUAUCGUCUUUGAUGGAACAGUACAAUUCUGUUAAAUAUGGAAUAGAAGACCAGUUGGAUCAAUUGCGACCAGAGGGACCCAAGGAACCUCAGUUAUACGAAGAAGAGCAAGCUACUACCGAAAUUCCUAUGGAAGAAGACAAAUUCAGAGCGCUUGUCGAGGAAGUUCGACAUGCCAUUGACACCGCCGAAUCUAUCGCCUUUGCCGAAAACAUUGAUCCUCAGCAGUUACGGGAUGCAAAACGGGUACUCAGCUCUCAAGAACCAAGUCUUUCAACACUCACUACCAUUGCUGAGGAAAAAGCAAAAUCAGGAGAUGCCGAUUACAUGGAUAUCAUAGCUCCAUUGAUGGAACAGUUCACCUCUGUCAGUUAUGGUAUAAAUGAUCAACUGGACGAGUCCGGACUACAGGUUCGGUAG